CCUCAUUCUGCUACCUAACUAAAGGAUUGCAAUCGGCAUGUGACAUUGUCCAUACACUAUAUAAGCCCUCAUGUUCUGUGCUCGAUCGAUGAGAACAUCCGCUUCCCUUUCACCAUUUGCAACCCAUGACGCGAUCUUUACUGCAAACCCUGACGGAUACCGUCGCGUCGAGUCAAACAAAGAUGGCUUGUCAUCCGAGCGGGUGCAAACGGGCGGUGGGUUCGUGGUUAGUGCUCGGCUCGAUCCGAUGGUGCUGAGGAGAAGGAUGCUCUUGGGGUUCGUGCUGGCUCUCUUUACCGGCAUCGGUAUCUAUCUUCGGAUUUGGUCGAUCGACGGUGACGACUUCUCCGCUGGCGACGACAGAGACGCCCUUCGAAGAGAAUUUGAACAUGCAAAUAUGGAAGCGAUGGAUGAAUCUGCUGAAUGGAGAAUGAGAUAUGAUGUGGAAGUGGAUAGAAGUAGGCAAAUUCAGGAUGAACUCCUAAAGGUCAAGGCCUCGUUAGCUGGGGCAUCUAGGAGGUUCAGCAUGCUGCAAAAGGAAAACAUGAAACUGCAGAAGCAGUUUGAAUCCUUGAAACAAAUCAAAACUAAAGGAUGGGAAUGCAAAUGCAAUUAAUCUUCAACCCAACUUUGAGAAUAAAGAGGCGUAUCGUCCAACAAAAUCCUCAAUACUGGCUUCAGAUUCUCAUGCACAAUUUGAUUAACCCUCGUAUGCAAGCAGCAAUUCAAAUCCUCCUUUUGCUUCCGUGCUGGUGGGUAAUAAACUUAUUGUUCCUUGGUUAGCAAGCUAUAUUCUUAACAGCAGGAAUCCUGGUUUCCUCAACAGAGGAAGCUUCAUUGCGGUUAAAAAAAGCAAGAUGUGUCCGGUUUCAUGCCCAAAUAAUGACUAUAUUCUGAGUACUCUGCAGACUAGAUCGUGGUAAUAAGGAGGCCAUCAUACUGACUGUCAACUGCUACAUGAAUCCACAAUUGGAAGAUUGAAGUAUUAGAUGCUGUUUUUCUGACUAAGGAGAGGACGUCACUGAUAAAAGGCAAUCAGAUGCUCUGAUGCUGUGGCUAUAGCAGAGUUCAAGAACCUGUUUUUUCUAUGGGUUAAUAAGGAUAAGAAAUGCACCUCAUUUUGUGCCGGUGGUGUUAAUUGGAAUAGCAGCAGUGGUUAGAUGGCAUGAUCUCUUUGUCGUUUGUUAGUUCAUUUUUUGCCUCUUUUCUUUUCUUUGGUCACAGGGUGGAAGCAUCUGCUUCUUGAAUCAUAUACUUUGAUCAUUUUAUUAGACCAACUCUUCAGAUUAAA